AGGGUGAGAAGGGUCAGCUGUGGUCCGACCUGCACGCCUCAGAGUCCUGGAGGUCUACAGGUCUCUGAGAGAUGGAAGGCUGCAGCCCAUCACCUUCUCUGUGGUGGUCUGAGCUUGUCCCUGGCAGUGGACCCAGCGUACCACACGGUGAUGGAGGAGGGGUCAGUCUGUCCAUCUGUCCGUCAGUGAUCGUCUGAACUUCAGGAGCGUCUGAUGGAUCCGAUUCUGUUCUUCACUCUGUCGCUCUGCUGGUGGACGGCUGCUGCGAGGUCGACAUGGAGCGAGGUACCCAAGCUGAUAGUGAGCUCCCAUGAGAUCGAGGAUGGAGAGACGGUGAAGCUCACCUGUAUUCUCCCUAUUGACUACAGAGGAGGAGACUGUCGCCUGUUCAGACAGAAUUCUCAAAGCCCCUUCAAACUGAAGACGGCGACUGAGUACUCCUGUGACUUCUACCUGACCUCCCAACAGCUGCUGGGACCACAGCCGGUGGGCAGCCGUGUCUACCUCCAGUGUGACUAUCACCUGCAGCAGUACACCUCAGUGUUGAGCGACAGCCACGGUGUGACCGUGUGGGGCAGCUGUCCCAGUCCUGCUUUGUCUGUCGGCCGGCGCUUUGUCUCGCCUGACGACAGCGUGGAGGUCACCUGCUCUCCGCCGCUGCGCUCCGUCCACAGGUGUCUCUUCUACAGAGACGAAGUCAUCGUUGCACGGGGGUCAUGCAGCAGAAACAUCACUGGCAAGGAGCUCGCCAUCUGGGAGAAAAGCACCAUGCUGCUUCCUGUCAACCUCACCUGCAGAUACAUGCCUUAUGAACACCUGUACAUCCUCUCAAAGCCCAGCAACCACAACCUGUUGUUCGUCGUCGACGCGACUCAGGCAUCCUCGCCGGUCGAAUGCAGAGUCUCAGUGGAGGACGAGCAGCUGGUGGCGUUCGGGGGCGGCAGCUGGACCUUUGCUGGUGCAGAUGGACCGACGGUUACCAUUCAGGUGACAAACGGCAGCCUGACGUUCAACGAGACCUGCAGCACCGGAUCAAAGUGAUGCGCGCUGGCCCAGAGAUCUGAGUCCUGAUCGGUCUGCUGGGCUGUGAGAAGGCCAUGAAGCUGCAUUACCUUCAGUUAUUACUGGUAAUAUUAACAGAUAAUUUCAUGCAAUUUUAAGAGAGCAAGCUGUUUAAUUAAUUGGAUGUAAUAAUGUGUGUCAAAGUAUUUUCCCUCUGAGAGAUUUUUUCUGUAAAAUG